GGGUUGCCUGUCAGUUCGUCAGUUUGCGUUGUCUUCCUAACUUUUUAAAAUGGCAAACGCAUCCAACGAAAAUACGUGUCUGAUUAAAGAUGUUAAACAUGGAUUAAAAAAUAUCAAUUUAGUUUUCAUCGUUCUGGAAAUUGGUCGAGUAUCAAAGACGAAGGUUGGACACGAAAUCCGUUCAUUUAAAGUGGCUGACUUGACCGGAAGUAUUACAUUUUCAGUGUGGGACCAAGUUGGCGGCCUCAUACAAACAGGAGACAUAAUCCGACUUAACAGAGGAUAUACAACUCUCUUCAAAGGCUGUCUUACUCUGUAUAUUGGGAGAACAGGAGAUAUCCAAAAGAUUGGAGAGUUUUGUAUGAUCUUCUCAGAGGUUCCCAAUUUCAGUGAACCUAACCAAGAGGUGCUGGCUAAAAUGAACCUAGUAAACAACACUCAUCAGGUCAAAUCAGAAGCUCAGGGCAGCACACCUAACAUUCAGAAUUAUGGAACAUCUACUGGACCUACAGCAAACAGCUCCCCUUUGUUUUCCUUCCCCAUUGCUUCACAUGAGAACUCCUAUCGUGAAGAUGGGCGACGUUUGAACCGUACGAAUUGGAAUGGUGGCCCUAAACCCACGGGCGCCGUCACUUAUGGACGGGAUCCUCGGCGGGUGCUGAGAAGAUGAGGGCGUGAUAGGUCUCACUUAACUAUAAAUGCAUGAAUAUAGAUUCAGUAUUUGAUAUGGUGCUGAUUUGUUUUCAGUUCUUUUUGUUAUUUAUAAAGUGAUUUUUUUUUCAGAGAGAGAGAGAGAGAGAGAGAGAGUUUGUGUUAUUUGUUUUCAUUUUUUAUAAGAAGACGAGGUUUUUCUGAUUUAGAGAAGAGGUGUUACACAAAUAACAAAAACACAGGAUAAAAAAGGAUAUAAAAUAAAGUUGUGAAAAA